AUGGGGAAAGUUGCAACCAAAAAAGCUUUGCUGGAUCGAGGUAUAAACUUGUCGGAUGCGUUAUGUGCCAAUUGCGGGUUCGAAGAAGAGUCGGCUGACCACCUCUUCGCAAAGUGCCUGACAGCACGGAGCGUAUGGUGGAAUAUCUUUUCUUGGCUAAAAGUCCCUUGGCCUUCUAAUGUUGACAGCCUAAAGGAUCUGCUCGAGGUGUUUUAUAACAGCCCGGGAAGCAAAGUUUGGAAAAGACUCGCACACAUGGUAGCCGUGGAUACUGUUUGGAGAAUUUGGAACGCUCGCAACCGUAAAGUGUUCGAAGGGGAUGGCAUUUCAGUCCGGAAAAUUGUGGAUUCGAUCAAGGAGGAAUCUUUCAUUUGGGUUUCAAAUCGGUCGAAUAAAACGGCGCCGAGUUGGGAUGAUUGGAAGGUCUUCGAUGUCUUGAGUUUACUAUAA